UUUAUUUGUCUGACUUGAUAGUGAUAGGAGGGAGGCAGCCAGCAAGCUCCGAGCGGGCUGCGGAGGAUGUCGACCCCGCUGCGGGGACCAGCUCCGGGCGGGACGCUUGUGUUUCUCGCCCAGUCGCCCCGCACCUGCAGCCCUCUGCACCCAUGAAGCCCCCGCUGAUGAAGCCCCGAGCUGCCAGAGUGAGGCGGAAAGUGGCCGGAGACAGAAAGCAUGUACUGGCGCGUCGGGUUUGCCUGGACGCGGUCGUUUGUGGUUGAUCUUGGCCAAAACCAGAGCUUCUCCUCUGGCCUGCUGGGCUCCGAUGAGCAGCUCUCGUUGUAUGGGUACAUCAUCGCCUACCCACUGCAGGACUACGGUGGGAUAAUGUCAGCUUUGGGCUCGGACUCGUGGUGGCGAAAGACGCUGUAUUUGACUGGAGGGGCUCUGCUCGCUGCCGCUGCUUAUUUGCUGCACGAAUUGCUGGCCAUCAGAAAGGAGGAAGAGCUGGACUCUAAAGAUGCCAUCAUACUCCACCAGUUCUCCAGGCCCAAAACUGGCGUCCCAUCCCUGUCCCCUUUCUGCCUUAAGAUGGAGACCUACCUUCGUAUGGUGGACCUGCCCUACCAGAACUACUUUGAUGGGAAGCUUUCACCACAGGGAAAGAUGCCAUGGAUUGAAUACAACCAGGAGCAGGUGUCUGGUACCGAAUUCAUUAUCGACUUCCUGGAGGAGAGGCUGGGCGCGAGCCUCAACAAGAGCCUGACGCCGCAGGAGAAGGCCAUUUCUCGUGCCAUCACCAAAAUGGUGGAGGAGCAUUUCUACUGGACCAUAGCUUACUGUCAGUGGGUGGACAAUCUGGAGGAGACCCAGAAGAUGCUGUCAGUGAGCGGGCCGUUGAGUGACCUGCUCAAGUGGAUCCUGAGUCACUUGACCGGCGGGAUCGUCAAGAGGGAGAUGUAUGGGCACGGCAUCGGACGGUUCUCUGAGGAGGAGGUUUAUGCCCUGAUGGAGAAGGACAUGCGCACCCUGGCCACUCUACUAGGUGAUAAGAAGUAUCUUAUGGGCUCUAAGCUUUCUACAGUAGACGCUGCAGUGUUCAGUCACCUGGCCCCUGCUAUGUGGACACUACCAGGAACACGGCCGGAGCAGCUGAUCAAAGGGGAGCUGAUCAACCUGGCCAUGUACUGCGAGCGCAUCCGCCGGCGAUUCUGGCCCGAGUGGUUCGUGGACCUGGAGGACUUCUGCUACAGCAACACCACAGAGGGCAGCGACUCACAGUCGAAACUCCCCGAUCUGGGCCUCUACUCCCGCACGGACACUUUCCAGGACGAUACGCACACGCACACUUCACACACUGGCACACCAAAGGACCCUCUGUCACCCGACAGCGACCAAACAGGCCACUCGCUGUAUGACUCUGACAUGGACACGGAGUGCUCUGAAAUCGACAAGUGUUGACAAAACAUACAUGUGUAGUACACACCACAUAUACGCACACCACAGGAGGGAGCUGCAUCCCCCCCCCUACUUCUUUGAACAGAAAGUAACUGGGGAGUAUUGUCGGUGUCUGCUGUGUCAGUGAAAAGGUUGAGGACGUUGAGGUCUGACUAGCACACUGUGGUGGAGGAAUGACUGCAGCAGAGGGAAAGGGAGUGACACAUGGUUUAAAAGUGAAGAAAAGUGACAGAUGGAGAGAAGGAGAAUGACAAAGCAGAAAAAUUGCAGUGCAGGGAGAAAAGAGAAGAUUGAAAACCAGGAGUAAAUGACGCCACUGCUGAUAAACUCCUCCACGUAGUAGACGUCAUCUGCAGUCACAACUUCUACCUGGUGUCACAUCGCCGUAACCAUGGCAACUAAGUAUGUGCGUGACCCCUGUUGUCCCUGUAGAAACUCGCACCACCCAGCCUUGUGUGUGUUUUGACUAACUGAACCCUUAACGCCUUGUAUUGAUAUGUCAUCCACACAUAGGGAACUGUACAGUGAUUCAUGUGAAUGAAUACAAUUCAGUGUAAAUAUAUAAAUGGAUCAGAUUUAAUAGAUAGAUUAUAUAUGAGUAUAAAUAGUAUAGAUAGCCUGCAAAUAUAGAAUCAUCCCCCCUGUCAUAUGGUGUAAAUGCUGUAGGUGUUUCUACUUUGUGUUGCACACAAUGACUCAACUUGUCUUGUAGUAGUCUCCACACUGCUGGUCUAGGAUCAGUAUAAGGAGCCCUUUGACCUCCUGUACUGUAUGUAUCUGUCUACACAACUGGGAUAUUACAGUAAUGCCUGCUGUCCAUAUUUAAAUAGUGCAGUAAAAGUUCAUGGAAGAUAAUGGAUAGGAAACUGCAAUUUGCCAUAAGCACUUUGAAACUAUCAUUUGUCUUAUUGAGACAAUUAUUUUGCAAAAAAACAAACAUGUUGGAAGCAUAAUGUGACAUAAUAUGUUGUCAGACGCCUGUCAUUGAGGACAGUAGCUUUGGGUCAAAUAGACAUUUCACAUGCAUUCAAUCCUUGAGAGCGAGUCAAACAAUCAUGUAGAAAUAGAUGAAAUAGAUAGUCUGAAUGAAAGUGCAUGGCUGGUACGUGCCAAUGAAAAUCUCCAUUUACACUUCACAUAGAUCAUUUUAUUAACAUUUUUUUGCUGGCUUAUUCAUUAAGGUUGAUGAUGUAGUUUGUUUUUGUCGGUCCCUCUGGCCAAAUCAGCCAAACAAAGAUGUAGUUGAUCCUUUUCAGCAGUUCAGUUGUUGUGAUGGAAACUCUAUGAUUCAAAAGGAAGCAAUAACAGAGCAGGCGCAGGUUAAUGUUAUGCUGUAGGCUGCGUGCUGUGUGUGAAGGUUCGGUGCAGGUUUUAUGUGUGUUUGUCACUCAGCAAAUGCACAUACCAACAUAUUGUGUGUUUGUGAGGUGAGGAAUAUUGAUGCAAGCAAGGAGUAUUCUGUCCAUGCUGUGCAUGGAUGAGUCACCCUCUGUCUGUGAAUGAUGGCACACUGGUGUCGUUUCACAGCACAACCUUUCCUUUCUAACACACACACACACACACACACACACACAAAUACAUAGAGAGAGAGAAUUGAAGAAAAUGUUUAUGUGUUUUCAAAAAUAAUCAUAUUGGCUAAAAUAUUGUCCCCAAAUUUUUAAAACUCUAAAGUCCAGCAUCAGUCAGGCUUUCCUUGUGAAGGUGCUGCUCAAAAAGAAAAUGUAUGAGUUAAAAAUAUGUAGCAUUAAUAUGUAGCAUUAUAUAGUGAAAUAAGAAGAAACAAUAUGAUAUCAUAAAUCUAACACUUACUGUAGCAGAGGGUUAGGUUUUAAGGUCAUAGGGGUUAGAAAGAAGUCAUUACGACUCUGCUGUCAUUUGUUGAAUUAAGACCAUGAUGUCGAUGGCAUGAUGAAUUAUAUGAAAAUAAUGUCAAAAACAUUAAUUUGUAAGGCUUCAAUUCAAAGCAUUUAGUAAAGAGACAGUAAAACCUUUAUGUGUGUGUGAAAUCCAAUACAAUAACUAAAAAAAUGAACUGAAAAAUGUCAUUCUGUGUCUUAAAACCCCUCGCCUGCUUGUCAGAUUAAAACUGACUCCUAAAGCUGUUUACUUUAUAUCAGUGCCAGGAUAUGACUUAUGUUUUUAAAUAAAUGUAUUAUUUAUUUAUUUAUUUAUUUCAUGUUGUGUAUAUUUAUUAAUUUUGAUGGUGGAUGUGAUUAAAAUGAGGAAACAAUAAUAUUGUUAAUAAUUUUUUGCACUUUUCUUCUUCUGUUUACACAUCUUUUCGUCUAUGGCUGAGAGUUUAUUGAUCUGUGUAUUAGUGAAAUACUGUAGAUUCUCGGACAUCCACUGAACUAACUGCAUAUUUCCACGUUGUCAUUGCUGUAAUUGCAUGCGUGUCCAUGUUUUGAGAUUUGAUGUGAUAAAUGUUAUUCAUAUAAAUGUAUAUUCAUAUCAUAAUAUCAAUGUCAUUGUGUUCAAAUGUUACAGCCCCUCAUCUGCUGCACAGUUACUGUCAAAAGUAGAUUUUUUUGCUCUGCAGAGCUUCAGUUGAAAUCAUAAAAAAUACAUGAAAUAUUGAGGUGAAAUACCAAACUGGCUGCUAGAGCUCAGAUUAGCAAGGUGAGGUCAGCCAUCCUGCUGAUCAGCUGAUGAUCGGUGUCCCUCCUGUAAGCUCACCCAUUACAGGAAGAACUGUCCUUCCAGAUCAGUGUCUGUAGGCAACUUCAUCUGUCUCAGUGUUCCUCAGCAUUUUGAGGUCAGGGGUCGGGUGUUCAGCCCUGCAGUGUGUGUCGCUCUCUAUUGAGAUUUCUGCUUGUAGACUGUAGAUGCCAUAUUGUCUUGUGGUGUUGCGUGUGUGCUGAAACACUUGUGGAAUUUCAUCAAACUGUAAAUAAGAGAGCCAGGGGGGAAAAAAGUCAAAUUAAUACGCAAACAUGAAUUAAAAGAAAUCGCUCUGUACUCAUUAAAAAAAAUUCUUAUGAAUGUAUCAUACCUAGAGAUAAAAAGCUGUAUGACAAUGGAUUACUCCUAAUAUUUCAUUAAAUAUAGCUGUGGUAUUUUC